CGCGGGUGACAUCAGCCCCUGCGGACCUGAGAUGCUGAGCCUGGCUCUAGGAAGGCAGCUCCUGCCACGGCUUGCAGCUCCGCAUCCCGGCAGGGCAGGGAGGGGAUAGGGUGCUGGCAGCCCAGCCCUGCAGCUGGACCACGGGCCAGCUCUGUGUCCCCUCCAGCACAUCCUCUCCAGUCACCUCGUGGCUUCCCAGGAACCUGGUGGCCCAGCCCGGGUGCUCCCAGCGGGCGGGUGACCGAGGAUGCUGCGCUAGGAGCUGCUGAUGGUGCUCACCCUGCUCUUCUCCCUCUAUAAGCUCUGCCGGUUCUUCUCCAUGGCGGGUGCGGAGCGUCUGGCCGUGCCCGAGUGUGUGAGCCAGGCGGGGAGCUGGGCCGGUGGGGGCAGCUCCUGGGAGCACCGGGAGGUCUCCCCCGGUGUGAACAGCGAUGUGCGGGCAGCCCUGGACCGCAUCCUGCCCGCCCUGCACCGCGCCAUUGCCCACGCCAAGCAGGCGGCCGGCCCCGCGGAGCUGAGAAAGGCCAUCGCCGAGGUCUUCCAGCUGGUGGAGGAAGCCUGGGGGAUGCCCACGCUGGGGAGGGACGUGGCCAAGGUGGUGUGCGACAUGAUCCGGCUGGAGGGGGGACUGGACCUGCUGCUGAACCUGCUGUACACGGCGGAGCUGGAGACCAAGUGCCAAGCGGGGAAACUCUUGGAGCAGAUCCUGGUGGCAGAAAACAGGGAUCGCAUCGCUCGCAUCGGUCUGGGAGUGAUUCUGAACUUAGCCAAGGAGCGAGACGUUCCCCAGCUGGCACAGAGCGUCUCCGGUAUCCUGGAGCACAUGUUCAAACACACCGAGGAGACCUGUUUCGAGCUCAUCUCUGACGGAGGCCUGGAUGCCAUACUGUACUGGUGCCGCUGGACGGACCCCGUUGUGCUGCGGCACUGCGCCAUGGCCUUGGCCAACUGCGCCAUGUACGGCGGGCAGGCCAACCAGCGCCUGAUGAUCGAGAAGAGGACGGCAGAGUGGCUUUUCCCACUGGUGUUUUCCAGGGAUGAUGAACUGAUCCGCCUGCACGCGUGCCUGGCCAUCACGGUGCUGGCCACCAACAAGGAGAUCGAGAAGGAGGUGGAGCGCUCGGGGACGCUGGCUCUGGUGGAGCCGUUCAUCGCCUCGCUGGACCCGGAGCAGUUCGCCUGCGAGAUGCUGGGCAGCAGUGACAACAGGCAGGGCAGGACGGCGGACGAUCUGCAGCGGCUGGUGGCCUUGCUGGACAGCUCGCGGCUGGAAGCGCAGUGCAUCGCCGCCUUCUACCUCUGCAUGGAGGCUGCCAUCAAAACCAGGCAGAAGAAAGCAAAGAUUUUCAGUGAGAUUGGGGCUACGCAGAGCCUGAAGAGGGUAGUGUGCUACUCCACCAGCAGCACCACUUCCUCCCUGGCCAAAAAGGUGCUGCGCAUGAUAGGGGAGGAGGUUCCUCGGCGCAUCCUGCCCACGGUUCCCAACUGGAAACCCUGUGAGGUGCAGACGUGGCUGCAGCAGAUCGGAUUCAACAAAUACUGCCAGAGCUUCCUGGACCACCAGGUGGAUGGGGACAUUCUCCUGAGGCUGACUGAGGAGGAGCUGCAGGAGGAUUUGGGGAUGGACUCCAGCAUCACUCGGAAGAGGUUUUUCCGGGAGCUGACAGAGCUGAAGACCUUCGCAAACUAUUCCACCUGUGACCGCAGCAACCUGGCCGACUGGCUGGGCGGCAUCGACCCCAAGUUCCGCCAGUACACGUACAACCUGUUGACGUGCGGCAUCAACCGCAACUUCUUGCACCGGGUGACGGAGCAGCAGCUGCAGGAGGACUGUCACAUCAACACGGGCUUCCACCGCGUCCGCAUCCUCACUGCUGCACGGGAAACGCUUCACUCCCCUAUAACGCUGCAAACUGCCUCGGAUGGGACUGAUGUAUUUAUCAGCUACCGGAGGAGCACCGGGUCACAGCUGGCCAGCCUGCUGAAGGUCCACCUGCAGCUGCACGGCUUCAGCGUGUUCAUUGACGUAGAGAAGCUGGAGGCAGGGAAGUUUGAGGACAAGCUGAUCCAGAGCGUCAUGAGCGCCCGCAAUUUUGUGCUGGUCCUUUCACCCAACGCGCUGGAUAAAUGCAUGGGAGACCCCGAGUGCAAGGACUGGGUGCACAAGGAGAUUGUGACAGCCUUGGACUCUGGAAAGAACAUUGUACCUGUUACAGACCAUUUUGAGUGGCCUGACCCAGAAACCCUUCCUGAAGACAUGAGGGCUGUCCUGAAAUUUAAUGGUAUCAAAUGGUCCCACGAGUACCAGGAGGCCACAAUCGACAAAAUCAUUCGCUUUCUCCAGGGCCGUUCCUCGCGGGACUCCUCGGCUGGGUCGGAGAAUGGCCUGGACUGUUUGCCCUCCCUGGGGCAGACCUAGGACCAGCACAGUGGCCUCAUCCCCUCCAGAGACCUCCCAGGUGACCCCUUUUUUAUGCAGGUCCAAAUUUCUCCCUCUAGAUUUUUUCCCCAUCUUAGUACCCUGGCUUGAGACGAGGUCUGUGGCUCAUCAGCCUCCCCUUCACCCUCCAAAUACAAACCCCUGACGCUAAAAGGCCGGUACUCACUUGUACGGUGCCUGGUGAGCCAAGCCAGGGUGGACUCUGGGAUGGACGAGUUGUCUUCCAGGGGCUGAUACUGUCCAGACCCCGCAAAGGGCUGCAGCUUCCCCCAGAAGCGUGUCUGAAGAGGAGGGAUCUUCCGAGGACCAAAAACUGGGGAAUUGGUGAGGGCACAUGGCAAGAGGAGAUGUGAGAUGGAAGAACAGUGGAGAGGGAACGGUCCGUAAGCAUCGUGUGGCCUCUGCUGGGUGCCGUGGGAACGUCAUUGUGGUCAGGAGCUGAGAGCAGGAAAGGGCAAAUAAAAGCUAAGCCAUACCAAAAUCCCCGUGUUUGGGAAAGAUAACACAGCGAGGCCUUCUGAACUGCUCAGCAGCAGCUUUCCCUUUCCCAGUAAUGUCCCUUUAUCACAUGAGCUCACUCACUCCUCAAGCACCUUUCACCUCCUAAUGCUGCAAAACCACUUUGUGCUCUUAACUCUGGCUAUGGAAGUUUGGGUUUACAUCAUGUGAAGGUUCAGCAGGGUCUUUGCAAAAAGUACUUUUAAAAACAAGCCCCUUUCCUCCAUCUGAUGUCCCAGAUUCACUGGAUUGUGACUCUGGAAAACAUAUAUCCAUGCACAUCCAGAGAUGCCGAUUGUACUGUACUUGUAGUUAUUUACACUGGUUGUACUUUAUUCUGUUGGUGGUGCUCCACAGCAAAUCUCCCGUGGUUUGCCCCUUCACACAGCAUCUCUUUGCUGACGAGCACCCACCCCUGGCUGAGCUCCUCAGAGUUGUUCCUACUCUCUGCUAGAUGUACCAACCAGCAUUUGUUUCUUUCUACCAACCUCUUCUCAACACCCACCAGGUCUUUUUGCAGCUACUCACCUUGAAACAUCAGGAAAGAGCGAGGUCGAUGCGAAGGGCAGGUGGAGGCUGGUAGGUGUGAGGAACCAUGGGCAGCCUGACCCAGCUCCCCGAAUUCUGCACUCCCAGCCCUGUCCUACUGCUCACACCUGGUCAGAAGCUCACCAGGCUUCUCAACAACACCCUGUUUUGUAAUUAGGACCAGAAAUCACAGCUCCUACCUGAGCUUGUCUUCUUUUUUUUCCAACACAAAGUGAAUAAUGCAGCAAGACGUCCUUGUUCAGACACGCACAGGUAAGGAGAGCGAGCUGUGCCCAGGACACACCAGCCUGCCCUGACGCUGCACAAGCAGCAAGUUCCUCUGCCUGUCCCUGCUCAAGAAAUCAACUCUUUCAGGAGGUAAUGAGGGGUCUCAGACACCUUGUCCUCCUCCUGGCUCCCCGCAAAGCCUCGCUGCUUGCUUUGACUGUCAGGAACACAAACAUGUUUCCUUUUGGCUCAGAUCCAUGAACAUUUCAGGGAAAAAAAAAAGUUUAAUUUUUGUGCUUAAGCACAGCUUUAUGGAUAGUUCUUAUCAGCUCACAGUUAAUAGCAUCUCUAUUCUCCAGUGAAAAUUUAAUGGCUGUAUCUGCCCAGCAUUCAUCAGAAAUAAAAUCUAUCUAAUCUGCAGAUUAAAUAGGAGGGAGCCAGCAGAUGAGCCCAAAGGUGAAUCUGUGGAAGGAUAAAAGGCACUUGCGAGCUGUUUCAAGGAAAGGCUUGAGUACUUGAUGAAAUGUCAAGGCCUCCAUGGCUGCCGAGUCCCACACAAACAGUCCUGAGGAUUAUUCUCUCUACAAUAAUACACAGUAAGGUUAUUGUUUCCCAGGAGCUCUCUAGCAAUUAACCUGCUCACCCACCAUUCAACGUAGGGAUUUAGUUCUUCUCAACAGCUGAGGCAUCUCACCUGCAACGAGAUCCCAUCUCACACUCCAGCCGCCCAGACUGUGCCUCUUCCUGUUUUUCCAUCAUUAUCUUCGCCUUAAUGAACUUGCCCUGCUCCUGACAAAACAUCCCACACCCGCCCCUUCCCAUCAGUCUCAAGGAAAUGAAUCCUGUUAUCAUCCUUCCUUUUGCCUUUGCUAUGUCAUAUCAGAAAUGUUUCAAGUUGUUCUCCCAGACAUGAUUAAUAAAUUGGGUUUAUACUCUUAAA